AUCCAAUAUGAAUAAAAAUAGCUCGUCUGGAAAUUUGCAAGGCAACAAUCUUUCCACUAACCAAUCAACACAACAGUCGGAAUCAGUGACCCCGAGGGAUGUCCGUAUCUUGCGUUUAAUAUUUAACAGUCAUGGCAUUGAGUCGUAUCAAGAUCAUGUUCCUCUACAAUUGAUGGAUUUUGCUUAUCGAUAUACAACAAGUGUUUUAAAAGAUGCUGUAAUAUUUAAUGACCAUGCCAACGCCAAAUCCUCAAGCAUAUCUAGUGCUGGAAAUUCAGGCUCGGCUCUUAGAAACCUCACAAUUGACGAUGUUAGAUUAAGUAUUGCUGCGAGAACAAAUUACCAAUUCAAACCAAAUGCUCCAAAGGAAUUACUAUUGCAAAUUGCAAGCGAGAAAAAUAAAAAACCUUUGCCUCCAAUAAUGCCAACCUGGGGUAUAAGAUUGCCUCCUGAGAAGUACUGCCUAACUGCCAGAGAAUCCGAUUUGAAUGAUGAUCUUCUACUCGACAGUGAUAUGGAGGAUGAGGAAAUGGAAGACAAUCAUGGUGAUUCUAAUCAAUGAACAUUUGCUUUUUUUUUAAUUUAGUUUAUACUUAUAUAGUUGUACUUAUAUGGAAUGGAAAUUUACA